UAGCACCUUCAGGUCUUAUCUGGGGUCCCUGGAUUGCUGCAGCCUUGAUAGGUAUUAUAAAAUAGUAAUUUAGUCAGGAUGGAUUGUAUACCCCAUAGUGCUAAGGUGAAUAUUCUGUUGGUGCAAGAAUUUCUCCUUGCGCAGCAGAACAUUCUUCCCCUGUGUAACACUGAAUCUGUUAUGGGGGUUCACCCAAGCCUCUGGAGCAGAUUUGGAGGGAAGGCACAGGGGGAGGAGAGGAGUGGGGUCCCAUUGCACUAAUGCAACUAUUUAGCUGAAUACUGUCCUAUAUUAUUUUGUUUGGGGGCAGGAGAAGGGACCGAUACAUAUAUAUUCAAAGUCCCAGGUGAGGCGCAUAGGUAGGCUGGUUAUAUUAUCAGAGACAAUUGUUAGCACCAGAAGCAAAUGUCCACAUGCAGUUCCUCAGUUUUGUGCAUGGGAAGCUAGUAGGUCUAAUACUACAGGAAUAGGAACAAUUUUACUCAACUCAGGGAGACAGGAAUCAUUGUAUUUCCUUAGACUGACAAACUCUAAUAUUUGUUUCCUGUAAAAAGAGUUCAGAGAAUUUAGAGAAAGUAAGACUCUUGCCUGGCAUCCUCUUUCACAGUAGAUGGUGCCUAAUGCUGUUAGGGGAUUUGUCACAUCUGUAGGAACAAAUGCUUUAUUUUUUAACUGGUUAGCCUUUUCCUUUAUUUUCCUGGCAUGUAAGCUGAUUUUGUAGAUCUGUAUCAGCUCCCUGAACUGUCUUUUGUUUGUAUCCAUGAAAAGAAGAUCCCAAGGACUACUUUUCAGUUAACGGUCAUAGGAAAACAUCAGACCUGCUGUGAAGAAUGUCUUGCUGGCCCUGUUGAUGGGGAAACACUGAUAAAAUGAAACUUGCUGGAUUGGGGAGGACAGCCAGGCACAAAUAUAUGGGGGGAAAAUGUCCGUCUGAAAAUGUUAUGUGUUAUGCUAUAUUAUGUGUAUUUCUUGAAAGCUUUUGAGUUUCAGAACCAUUGUGGAAGGAAUUCAAAGAAGGCAAUUAAGUAGGGCCCAGAAUAGACUCACGUCUGUUUCAACUUAUUUUGCAACACAGAUACAGCCAUGCCAGCUGAUAAUAGGGAUAAGAAGACAAGAUCAAGGGUUGGUUUCACGAUUCUGUGGCUUUUUAUGAAUGUGAAAUCACAAGCUAUUUGCUGACAUAUCAAAAUGUUAAUCUGGUAUGCUGCUGUCUGUCGCCUUGUUCUGUGGAGCCAAGUCAAUGCAGGAAAAUACAGUAGGAACUGAAACACAUGCCAAUUGCAUCAUAGAGCUGUUGCUCCUGAAAGCCUGGCUCGUAUUUUUCAAAUGAACACCAAGCUUACUUUAUAUUUUCUCACGCCACUCUUUAUAACAAUUCAGGAUUCAGUGCCACAAGUGGAAGAAGAGUUAAUAACAUCCCUGAUUCUGCCAGGAGCUUUUAGCUGUUCUCCCUCACCAGCCAUGUGCCCCUUCUUAAAAAAAACAACCCUGCACUACAUAUGCUUUCUACAGUACCUUACCCGGUAACCAGAGACACAUAGCACCUGGCUGGUACAUAAAACAAGAGACUCUGCGAAAGUAGGACCUUCCAGUGAAGACAACAGCAAGGCUCCCAGAGAUGGGAGACCAAAGGGCUAUUUUAGCUGCCAAGGAAGGAGACUUGCCUAUGCUGGAGCAGCUGCACAUUGAUGGUACUCUGGACCAGAACAUCACUGACUGCUCGGGAGCAGGCCUGGUGCAUCAUGCGUCACGAGCAGGCAGGCUGGAGUGCCUCAAGUUCCUGGUACUGCAAGCAAAGCUUCCCGGGAAUCAGAGAGCAAACAAUGGUGCGACCCCAGCACACGAUGCAGCAGCCAUGGGCAACUUGGCUGAGCUGAAGUGGCUGAUCAAAGAUGGAGGCUACAGCAUGCAGGAGCAGGAUGCUUCAGGGGCUUCUCCCCUCCACUUAGCUGCUCGCUUUGGACAUCCAGAGGCCAUUGAGUGGCUGGUCCAGGCAGGCUUUGACACUGCAAUGAAGACAAGGGAAGGUGCCGUGCCAGCUCAUUAUGCAGCAGCUAAGGGUGAUCUCACUUGCCUCAAACUGCUGGUUGCUGCAGACCACAGUUGCGUAAACAAGCAAACUCAGAGUGGAGCUACCCCGCUGUAUCUUGCGUGCCAGGAGGGCCACCUGCACAUCGUUCAGUUCCUGGUGAAGGACUGUGAGGCUGAUGUGCACCUGAGAGCACAUGAUGGCAUGACAGUGCUCCACGCAGCUGCCUGUAGUGGUCAUUACGCUGUUGUCGUCUGGCUGGUGACCUUCACUGAUCUCGGCCUCACAGCACAGGAUGCAGAAGGAGCCACUGCACUCCAUUUUGCUGCCAGAGAGGGACACACUGCAAUUGUUGACAGACUCCUCCUUAUGGGAGCUAACGUGGUGCUGGACCAUUGGGGAGGAACCCCACUCCACGAUGCAGCUGAGAAUGGGCAUCUUGAGUGCUGUCAAACCCUGAUCUCCCACCAAAUAGAUCCAGGCAUCCAUGACAGGGAUGGUUACACUGCGCGAGACCUGGCAGAAUACAAUGGACACAGGCAGUGUGCAUGUUACCUACAGGAAGCAGAGAAGCUGAUCCAGCAACCAAUGAGACCUCUUCAAUCAGAUGUAAGUGCUGCAUCAAAUAUGCAGAAAAAAGAUAUUAAUAGCGCUCUUCAUAGAGCACCUGCUUCAAAGUCCUUCAACAUGGUGAAACCCACUGAAUCAGACAAAUCACUGAUACCCGAGCUGAAGAUCAAUAAAUCUCUGCAGAAGGCGAGAAUCACCACAUUGUUCUCAAGCUCUGGUGAGAAGAGAGAGACACCAGAUGCUGCAGUACCAGGCAACCUGCUCUCAAUGCUGGAUGAGCUAGGAACAUCGGACAUUGAUGCCUUGGUGCCUACUCAUGAUGAGCAAGGUUGUUCAAUUCCAGAGUGGAAGCGGCAGGUGAUGGUGAGGAAAUUACAGGCGCAGCUGGCAUCCGAAGAAGGGAUGGGCAGGAAGAACAAGGAAAGUUGUACACUGGAGAUGGAUGACUGGCAAUAUUCUCAGUCUUACAAUGCCAUCCUGGGCCCUUUUGGGGAAUUGCUCACUGAAGAUGACCUGCUGUACUUAGAGAAGCAGAUUGAGAAACUGCAGAUGAAGAAGAAAUGCCAGGAGUAUGAGAGUGAGCUAGGACGCCUGACAGAAGAGCUGCAGACUGUUCUCCCUGCUCCCGUCGUCAACAUCACAGUCAACCAUCAGUUUCUGCAACAGGGCUCAGAGGAUGGCAGCCAGGGGCUCCCUGCCUGGUGCAGUCAUGUGUCUGGACUGGUAAAAAGCAUGUCCAUGCUGCUCACCAAUGUCAAUGGCAUGAAAAAAGCAGCUAAUGAGAAGCCAGCUCUAAGGGAUUCUCAUAAGUCAAGCAAGACCAAGUGUAUUUCAGGUGGCACUGUCAAGAGAGAAAUCCUGGAGUGUGGCGUCUCUGUCAGGAAUCUGAGGGGCAAUUUUGAAAAGCAGGAUCUUUGGAGACAAGACAAAGCUUUUGAGCAGCGAGGGUUGAAUGCCAUGCUCUGGGAACAAGGGACAGCCAAGGAGUCAUCCCCUCAAAUGUUUCUAGGUACUUGUAAAAACAAGAAGCAAUUGGUUUGUGAGGAACAUGAGUUUGGAGACAUAGAGAAUGCCAGUGAUUCUGGCAUCAGCUGUGAGGGAGCCUCCUCUGUGAGUGGUUCUUGCGUCUCAACAGCAGAGUCUAGCAACCUCCGAAAAGAGCGCAUUGUGCUUCUUUUUCUCAGUCACUGGAAGAAAUCUGCCUAUACGCCUUCCUUGAAACUCAUGGCCAGGAGGACUCUUGACACGCAGCUGCCUGGAAAAAUGGGACUGGUAGAUGUGAUGGCAGAGCUCAAGAAACAGCAGCCUCCAAUGCAGAAGCCCUUGGUGGAAAUGAACAAGCUUGGCCAUUUAGUUCAACAGAGAUACGCUAUCAAGAAUCUGAUCAGUCACUGGAAAGACAUCAUCUCCCUUGUACCAUCUCGACAGAUCAGGCGCCUCAAUCACCGGCAUGCAAUCUACUCUCCAGAACAAUUCCUGCCAUAUGUCAAUGGUGAGCCUAUUGAUUACAAUAGCUUAACUCUUGACCUGUUUAUGCUCGGCUAUUUCCACAUCCUAGAGCUGGACCUCCCUCCAGAAGAACGUAAGGCUAGGCAUCUCCUUUGCUUCGAAGUUUUUGACCACUUGGGUGGGCAUCGGUGGGAAACAGUGCGGGCCUUCCACAAAGCAGUGAUUGAUGAGAUUGCUGCAGGCAAAAGAAGCUGGAAAGACAGUUUUGAGGAUAUUAAGAAACAAUUUUUUGGUAAUAACAAGGACCCAGCUGUGAACAUGGAAAUCAAAAGAUCACCAGUGGAAACAAAUCUGAAACCAGUACCCAAAACAGGAGUCCCAAGCCUUUCUCUGGAGGAGGGAGACUCUGCCCCUGGAAAAUGCUUUGAACUAGACACCUUUAGCAAUGAUGAGAUCUGCAGGUAUAUAAACAGGAGUUUUGCUUUCUGGAAAGAAAAAGAAGCAGAGAUCUUUAGCUUAGAGGGAUGAGGAUCUUUACAUUAACAGUCUUCAUUUGUGAAUAGGUGUCUAUAAGAUUCAGAGUGCACAGAGUGGCCUGUCAGCACUAUGACAUGGAAUAGACAGACAUCGACUGUUCAUUUUGCAAAUGGCUACAAACGCCUGCAAGAUUAAUUUGCAAAGGGGUAGACGACAAGUGAUACAGAUGAAGGGUCAAGCCUUCACUUCUUCUCCGUUGCUUCUUCCCUUUAAAAAAAGGAACAAGA